AGAGGACGAUGCACCUCACCAACUAUUCUGUGAACAAGCACGCUGAUGGCUAUGUGAAGAAUUUGGACACUCCUGCUGCAGAGGAGCUGGCACCGUCGCCCACGCCAACAGCCUCGACGCGGUAUACGUCCCCGCACAGCGAGGAAGAGCAUGGCGAAGAGGAGGAUGCGGAGGCAGAAGGCGAAUGCGAGGAGGCCAAGGAAGAGGGGGAGAACCACGGGGCACCGGGUGACUCACCGGUGUCCUCCAAGUGGUCUCUAACCCAAUUGCGAGAUUAUUUCGCCGCAAACGGGCUGAAUUAUGAGUUGAUGAUGCAGCGCAUCAAGGACCUUGUCAUCAAGACCCUGAUCUCCGUGGAGCCCCAGCUGGUCAGCAUAUGCCAUCAGGGCUGCAAUUCUCGUCAGGACGCUCAGGCAUCAGCGGGGGGCUUUCACCGCCAAAUCACGACUGCAAUGCGUGGGUUCUCACAUGCGUGCUUGAGUUUGGCAUUCAAAACUCAGGAGUACAUCGCCUAGCAUGGGCCAUCUGUAGUUUGCUUGCGCGUGCCGUACACUGAGAUCAAUCGGCACCUGAACGCCUGCACACGCUUGGACAUAUGACUGUAUGUGAACGUGC